AUGCAAAGAGCAUGCUGCUGUCUCCUGAGCCUGUGUGAUGUACUGGGGGAUGUGCUGGAGGACCAGUCCCACAAACAACUGUUUGCCUUAGAGCUGGGCUCUGGAACUGGCCAACAUGUCAUACGCUUUGCCCAAAAAAUGCCCUUCAUCACCUGGCAACCUUCUGACAUUCAAAGGGAGCUCCUUGACAGUAUUUAGGCAUACAUUACUGCAACUAAAUCAAAAACUGUGCUGCAACCUGUCCACCUGGAUGCCAGUGAACCCUGGGAGAAAUGGGCAGGACUUCUUCGCAACUCCUUUGAUGUUAUUGUUGCCAUCAACUUACUGCAGUGCAGCUCCUUCUAAACAGCAGUGGGUGUUUUCAAUGGAGCAGCUCAGAUCCUCAAACAAGAUGGUCUUUUGUUAAUAUACGGGGUAUUUGCCAUUAAUGGCUUAAUUACACCGAGCUGUAAUGAACAUUUGGAUGCCGAGCUGAGAAAAAAGAACCCACAGUGGGGCCUUCGAGACAUUGAUGUUCUGAGGCAGCUGGCCUACAGCAACGGGCUGCAUUUGGAGAGGAUGAUUGAGAUGGAAGAAUACAACAAAUGCCUCGUGUUCAGAAAAUUUUAAAGAGAACAAACACUGGAUCAAGACUGCUCUCCUGUUCCAACUGUGAAUCAAACAUUUGAGUAUAUGACAUCAGUCAUGCUAUAGCCUUACUGUAAACCUUAUAUUAAAAUGUGAACUGUAACACUUUGCUUUCAUGAAUCAUUUUUGUCAAUUCAAAGUACAGCAAACAGCCAUGUGAAGAUAAUACUGUACAUACUAGCAACUAAGUACCCAACUGAAGCUGGCACAGGAUGGU